UUCCAGAGUUGCUGUCCAGAUUGAAUGAAUGGUUGUGGAAGUGAUAACGAGCAGGUAGUUGACUAUAGCGAUAUGAUUGUUGCUGAUUUGGUGGAACCUAUUGCAGGCGAAUCGGAAGAAUGUAAAAUUCGAUACCGAAGCUUGUCGAAGUGUGGUGGAGAAAAACUUGUGAUUUUGGAUGAUUCAGUUACAGUCCAGGAAUAUCCAUCCGGUGUAGUUCGACGUAAACUUACAGCAGAUUUUACAUUGCUAGAUGCAUUUUGGUGUGAAUUUCCAAGCACUUCUGCCGACAACGAUCCUUUGCAUGGUGUUUGUCUUAUUGGACACAAAAAUCUUAUAUUUGCUUCCGAUACCGAUUGGAUUUCUUAUACAAUCACAUUGCCAUUCACUGUGAAACGUGUAUUUCGAAGUGCGUUAGGAUUGAUUUUACAACGAACUGCCCCAUUACCAUCACUGAUUGCAAACUUCCCACAUUUGUUUUCGUUGUCACAUCCGUAUUGCGAAAUAUUACCAAUUAUAUCAAAAAAUAAAGAUACAGAAAGUUCAUCACAUUAUGUUUGGGAUAGUACCGAGGUAGCACUAUUGGAAGCAUUGAAUGAUUGUCAACUUUUAUUAACAUACUCGACGACUGCCCGAGUUCAUUCGUUAUACUGGAUACGCAGAGCAACGAAAGCGGAGUGGAAAUGUGCAGCGAGUAAAGCAGAAAGUGUUGUUUCAUGUAAUACUUCACUUACACCUGUUGGUCGAUCAAGUCAACUAUCAACACCGCAGAUGGGUAGCCAAACAAGGCAUCGUUUUAUGAAGAACGAUUCGUUUGCUGAUGAAGCUUGGGUGACGCCUCAAACACGAUCAGUGCGUACGCGAUCCAUGACUGCAGCAGCAGCGCUAAUACAAUCUUUACCUUUUCCAACCACAAGCCCUGCUCAACGUUCUUCUACGAACCGAUCAAUCACAGAUUCGCCGAUUUUGCGCUUGCGAGGAGGAAGUACACAUACGACACCUCGUCUUAGUUCCUUUUGUGACGAUAGUAUUAUUUCAUUGAUUGAAACUCGUGGUUCGGAACUCGACCUUUUAGCACCAGAGAUUUGUAUGGAAUGUAUAUGGACGGAGCGUCGUCAAGCAGAUCCUGAUACAAGUUGUCCUGCAACUACUGCAUUUCUUACUCAAGACUUCAUUGGUCAAAUGUUUGUAUGUUUUUAUGUAGCAGGGCAGAACCUCUUAAAAUGUGUUCGAGGAAAGAUGCAUGAUGAAGGACGGAUGACUACAAGUUCCUUUACUACAAUUCCAUGUAAAGGGGCUGCAAAUGUUAAGGGACGCAAAAUGAUGGCAGUGAUCGAUCUCGAUGGUACUGUGAUUCUUUAUAGUGGUAUUACUCGUAUCGGUGCCUUAUAUGGGAACUAUGAAUUUAUAAAUUUUAAAGAAUCUUUUGCGAAUGCUCAGGAUGUGCAAGAGCAUACGGGUGCUUGCGGUCUAUCAAUAUGUGCUCCAGUUGUUGGAUUGCAUACUGCCUUUGUAGGCCAUCUGAUUUUGGAGACACAGAGGCAUGAAAUGGUGAUGUGCAAGGUGCCAUCAAUUUCAUCCUCAUCCUUCGUUGCUGAAUGCCUCUCGCAAGUUUGUUCAAAUUUACCCCUGGAUAAGGCAAUGAAACUAUCGUCAUCCUGGUGCACAAGUAAUACUUCUGGUCUGUUAGAUCACUAUUAUGAUAAUCGCGUUGCUGCGGAAGUUGCUAUGUUCGUGCAGUUCAUUUUUGCGCAAUGCGGAUUACAUAUUCAGGAUUUCCCUGUUUUUCGCGAAAUAAAUUUACUUCGAAGUCGUUGUGAAGAAGGAGUUCAUAAAAAGAAGAAGCGUACUGAACAUUCUAAGCAUAUUGGCACUUGGCAAAAAAUGAAGCACCUUUGUGGUAGCCGAUGGUGGAGUUUUGAUAACGCAGGAAAUAUCGCUUCGAAAUGUUACAGUGUUUCAGUCAACGAUGAAAGCAAUUUGUAUAAUUAUUCUUUGGCAUUGUUUUCCGGAUUACAUGCUAUUUAUGAAUCGGCCAAAUUGGAUAGGCGCACGGCUUCGUUAUUAUUCAUUCUAGCAUCAUCACUGCAUGCUUUUGCUCAGAUUUUUGAUCUAAAAAGUUAUAGUGAUUACUACAGAAGGGACUUUCCUAUAUUGUCGAAUCAAAGUUUCAAAAUUUUGGACGGUGGACGAAAACUGCUUCAAACGCUUUUGAUGAGCUCUCGUUUUUCACCGGAACGUAUACCAUCAUGGUAUGAUAAUUUAUUACGAUUUUUUGAUAGCAAAAGCCAUUUGACGUCGAUCAUAUCGUCACACUUUUGUGCACCAAUUAUCAUUAUAAUUGCUGUUGGAUUGAAACGAUUGGAAAAUAUUGCCGAUGUUCAGAAAGUUUUGGGAAAAUCGUACGAGAAAAAGCUACGCUUGACCAGUGCGGAUGCGGAACAAUUCACCAGUAUCCUGAAUGAAAAUUCUUCAGCAGUUGGAAGAUGCGAGAAGUUGGCUCAGUUGUUCAAAUUCACGAGAUCAUCGCUAUUAGAUCUGCCACCAGCGGUUGCCAUAAUUUUAUGUGAAUUACUUUAUGAGCAGUCAACAAAAACGUUACAUUUCCUUACACCUACAGUACGUCAGAAAGAUCGAAGUCAUAUGCCGUCUGAGGAAGAAAUUUUUCUAAUCACGCGGCGUCGAUGGAAACACGAUUUGCGAUGCAUUAAUAUAAUACAAAUGCUUGAUAGCCGGCGACCAAUUUUUAUACCAUCAAGCAAUGAAACUCUUUCGGAAGCGAAUCAACGGGAAAUGGCCGAACGUCUUCUGAAAUCGUUUAGCAUUCGUAACAUAACUCAUGCUUUUGGACGUUCAACACUUGAUUUUCGAUCUUUUUCACCUCCCCUUAGUCGACCGCGUGCAAUACAACCACUUAAUCUGCAAGGACGAUUACAUCCUAUGAAUACACCCAUUGAACUAUCACAAAAUGAGUUAGUCAAACCGCUGAUCAAGUGGGGCGCAUUUUACAAUGCUGUUGCUGCCGGACUAUGUAUCGGUGAUUCAGAUAGUUUACGUCUUGACAGUGAGUGGCUUGCGAUGAGCAUCAAUCACUUGCAAGGACCAGAAGCUGCUGGUUUGAUGUAUGCGUUUGGAUUGAAUGGUCAUAUAACGAAUAUGAAUUUAUUUAUGAUACAUGAACUUUUAAGUAGCGGUGAUCCGGUGAUGAGCAUUGCAAUCCUGCUUGGAUGUGGUGUAAGUCGGCGAGCAACUGCCGAUGUGCAGAUGUAUAAAAUGAUGGUAACACAUUUACCAUUUAUGAUGGGCCCAACAUUACUUGAAUUGCACAUCGAUACGAUGAUUCAAACAGCGGCACUUGUAGCACUUGGCCUUCUCUUUGCACAAUCAUCACAUAUGGGUAUCUUAAGUCAGCUAAUUAAUGAAAUAGGUCGACCUGCUUGUCCGGAUUAUGAACCACCGACUGAUCGAUAUUCGUAUUCUCUUGCUGCUGGUUUUGCUAUUGGUCUUAUUGCUCUGGGACGCGGAGAAGACUUGUUGUCAAGUGUCCCGUUUGUAGAACAGUAUCCUGCUAUAGCAUCCAGGCUUAUUGUACUAAUGGAAGGUGGAUUACGAUCGCUGUGCGUUUUUCCUUCGACUACAUCAGAAGGAGCUUCUUUGGGACAUACCACUACUACCUCAACUUUUUCACAGUCAAAUCAUGUUCGAGAAUCUGAAAAUGUUAAUCCACACCUGACAGCAAGUCCAGCUGCCGUUGCAUUAGGUCUGAUGUAUCUUCGAACAGGGAAUAAAUGGGCAGCAGAAAGUUUGAAAAUCCCGGAAACAGUAUCAGCGAUUGAAGAAAUCCGACCUGAUCUUAUUUUACUCAGGACACUUUGCCGACAUCUUGUUUUGUGGAAUGAAAUAACGGCUUCCAAGCAUUGGGUGGAAGAAUCAGUACCUUCAAUUGUGCUAAAUUAUAAGCAGCGUUUAUUCAGCGAACAACCAAAAACUGAUGACGAUGAUAAAGAGGAAGAAUUACGGAUGCUGCAAGCAGCAGUUGAUAAGCAGACCAUAGCUCAGACCUAUUUGAAUGUCGUAGCUGGUGCUUGCUUUGCAUUGGCUAUUCGUUUCGCAUCGACAUGGAACUCUGAAGCCUUUAAUAUAAUCUGGCAUUAUAUAAGAAUGGUUAUACCGUCGGAUGUACAGCAGGUUUACAGCAAACUAAGUCUUGCCGCUGGUGUCACAACUUGCCUUAAUGUGCUCGGCACUCUUAUUAACUCAUUGGGCAUUCUUAUGGCGGGCAGUGGAAAUUUACAAGUGCUACGUCUUUGUCGAUUAAUUCGCACACGUAUUACUUUACCGGAAGCGUAUCGCGACAAUACGUCGCAUAGCUUAUAUGCUACUGCAAACACAGUAAUGGGAAUGUUGAUACUUGGACGUGGAAGAUAUGCUUUGAAAACAGACGAUUUAUCAGUCGCUGCACUUGUUAUUUCAUUCUUCCCAGUCAGUCCUCAUGCGCUCAGUGAUAAUCGAACCUAUUUGCAAGCACUUCGGCUACUUUGGGUAAUUGCAGCGGAGGAACGCUUGUUAUGUUCAAUCGAUGCAGACACUGAAGAAUUGGUAGAGCUGGAGGUUGAAAUUACAUUCAAGGGAUCCAGAAUUAUAUAUCCGGAUGUACUUACUCUUCGUACGCCUUGUAUUAUACCUGAAUUGAGUUUGCUAAGUAAGGUUCAGGUUGGUGGACAAGAAUAUGCAAAGCAAAUUUUUGAUUUAAGGCAUGAAUCAGAGAGGCAAAGACUGGAAGAGAUUCUGAAAAAGCAGCAUGGGCGGAUGGUAGUAAACUAUUUAGGGCAAAAGGAACAGAAAAUUGUUGUUGCAACAAUAAAACAAAUGUGCAGUGCGGAAGAUGACCCGAUGUUGGUGCCGAUAUGUGAACAAGAUUUGCUCGAUGCAGUAAAGAAGGACCAAAAUUUCCGUCAAAAAUUCGAUUUCAAUCUACCGGAGACAAUUAGUGGUACGGAAAAUAUAGAAAAACCAAAUAUAUCUGCUUUUGGAUCCUGGAUACGAAGUUUUCAGCUCGAUAACGGUAGCAUUGCAGCUUAUGAUUACGCUUUCUCAUUUAUUAAGGAUGUACUUCGAAAAAGCCCACCUCGUUUUGCGCAUAUUCAGUACGACUUGCUAGAUGCAUUUCUUGAAAGGAGUUUAUCUGAUCAAAACGACGAAUGGCCCGUCCGUUCGAAUGUUAUUCCUAAUGAGCUUAUCAAAUCAUUAAUGUAA